AUGAACGUCAGAGACGCUGGACUAGCCCCUCACGAUGCGGACUUCAUCGUGGAAGCGUUCGACUCGACCCUCGCGCCGCUCGCGGCCUUGGGCAGCGGCGCGAUGUGGGGGUCGCAGCCAUUUAGUCAGAAAGAUGGCUUCGUCGAGGAGAACCUCAAGGACGUCGCGGCGUCGGAGAGGUACCAGACUACCGGCGAAGGCGAUGCUUUGCGAAUCUUCAUCGCCGAAAUCGAGGUUGCGUCCCAGGCGGCGACCAGGGCGAUUACCCCGCACGAUGCCGGGCAAGACGAGCCGGGCCUCCGGUACAGGACCACCGAGGAUGGGAAGCGCUACGUAUCCGUCGGCGCCGCGUUUGUGCGCACGAAUUGGCUUCCCGGCCACGUCAAGGGGCAGUUUGACAAAGAAGAGAAGAUUCGUGACGAGUUGGAGGGGAAGAAGGACGGUUUCGUGUACCUCGAUGUGGUUGUCACGGAUUACAGGACCGGGCGGUAUCGCAAAGGUGCUGGAGAGGCGCUCAUUCGACGGGCCAGGGAGUAUGGGGUUGCGGAGGGUAUGCAGGUGCUUUAUGUUGAUGCGUGGGCUGGGAACGAGAAGAAGUUGAACAGGUUCUAUGAACGGCAGGGAUUUGUUGUCGUCGAUGGCUUUACUUUUGCGCGUACUGGUAAACCUGCUUGGCUUGGUACGCUUAUGCGUCUGGAUUUAUCGACGAUUGAUGAACAUCAAGCAUGA